CUUACCCUCCCUUUUCAUAGAUAUUUUUUCUGCAGUGCAGUAAUUGUCAUCCAUACUGAAAGUGCGACAUAAUUAUUAGCAAAAAUGCGCUUCCUUUCAGCAGUAGCGGCAUCAUUUGCCUUGGGGGGAGUUGCCAAUGCUCUCACUUCCUCUCUACAACAAGUCACUGGCUUCACCUCGACUCCCACGGGAGCUAAGAUGUAUAUCUACGUUCCGACGACAAAGAAAACAUUGGCACCAAUCGUCGUAGCUAUUCACUACUGUCAGGGAACAGCACAGGCAUACUUCUCUGGAUCCCAGUAUGCCAACUAUGCUGAUACCUAUGGCUACAUUGUUAUAUACCCCAAUUCGCCUUCUAGUGGCGGCUGCUGGGAUGUAGCUUCAACUGCAUCUCUUACCCACAACGGCGGCGGCGACAGCCAGACGAUCGUAAAUAUGGUUAAUUACGCCGUGAGCCAUUAUGGUGGUGAUGCAAGCCGAGUUUAUGUCACUGGAAGUAGUUCAGGCGCAAUGAUGACCAAUGUUCUCGCUGGUGCAUACCCCGAUGUCUUCAAAGCCGGCAGCGCAUACUCUGGAGUCCCAGACGGAUGUUUCUACGUCGCAGGAUCGACUGCAAAUAUGGCGACUCCGGGUUGGAACAACCAAUGUGCAAAUGGACAGCUAGUGAAGACUGCCCAACAGUGGGGAGAUCAAGUACGAGGCUAUUACCCUGGAUAUACGGGUCCAAGGCCCAAGAUGUUACUCUGGCACGGAACUGCUGACUCCAUUCUACUCUAUCCCAACCUUGCUGAAGAGCUUAAGGAAUGGUCAAAUGUUCUUGGCGUCUCCCAAACGCAAAGUAUUGCCAACAAUCCGCAAUCAGGAUAUACCAAGUUGGUAUACGGCGAUGGCUCAACUCUUGUCGGCUACUCUGCCCAAGGCGUGGGACACACUGUUCCCAUCCACGAGACUGUUGACUUGGCUUGGUUCUGCAUUUCUACUACCUGCGCCGAUACCCCUCCGCCUGUAAGCUCGACGGGUUCAACUGGCCCGACAAGUGUAGCCACAACUAGCCCACCAGCUGCUACGACAAGCUCGACCCCACCAUCGGGAGGAACUAUAGCUCAUUGGGGGCAAUGCGCUGGAAUUGGAUGGACAGGCUCGGGAACUUGUGAAGCAGGGACAACUUGCAAAUACUCGAACGACUGGUAUUCUCAGUGCUUGUAAGAAGAGCCUUUGACAAGAUGUUAAAUAUCACGGUGCAUAAUGCGGACUUGAGUGUUGUCUAUACGGAGCGUAACCUGGCUUGCACCCUGAUUAUGACAUAUUUGCAGAAAGUCGAGCAAGACCCAAAUGAUUCGUUCGUUGGUAUGCUGCGAAAUGGAUAAGCAGUUCAGGAUAAUGGCCAAAUCUUCUUCGGGGUCUAUCAAUCGCCAACACCUCGUAGACAUUGUUUCCCUUCACUACUGUUAAGCAGUUCAAUUAUAAAUAGG